AUGGAUAAUCAGACUGUUUUUGCAAGCUACACCCUGAUGGUACCAAGAGACUCGAAAUCAUUCAGACAUAUUUAUUUCAUAUGCUUUUUGGUGCUUUAUGUUUUAAUAAUUCUUGUUAACGCUUGGGUCAGUACUGUUAUUGUCUUGGAACGAACCCUGCAUCAACCAAUGUACAUUUUUCUGUGUAACCUGUGUGUAAAUGACAUAUAUGGUGCUGCAGGAUUUUAUCCUAAAUUUCUACACGAUUUAAUGCUGGAUUCAUAUGUGAUUCCUUCUUAUAUGUGUGCAGUUCAGACAUUUGUGAUCUACAGUUCACUUCUGUGUGACUGUACUACAGUGACUGUGAUGGCAUACGACAGACUUGUGGCUAUAUGUCAACCUUUAAACUAUCAUAACAAGCUAAACAAAUUCUCAUGCAGUGUAUUUCUUAGCUUCUGUUGGAUUCUACCCUUUGGUUAUGUGUUCAUUUGUGUUGUGUUGUCAAAUAGGAAGAAACUGUGUAAAUAUCACAUUAAGAAAUUGUACUGUGACAACUGGUCUAUAGUGAAACUGUCGUGUGAAUCGCACGAUAUGAAUAGUAUUUUAGGACUUUUUGUGAUUGCAUUUUAUUCUUGCUUGUGCGUUUUCAUUUUUUUCUCCUAUGUGAAACUUAUCAUAGCAUGUAAAGCAUCGUUAGAGUGCAGAAGGAAAUUUUGGCAGACAUGUGUGCCUCAUAUGUUCACAGUGAUAAAUUAUAUGUUUUCUGCAUUUUUUGAUGCAAUGUACGGCAGAUAUGGAGCAGGUGAUAUCUCAGAUAGUUUUCAAAAUUUUCUGGCUCUAGAGAUGCUCAUUGUGCCACCGCUUGUCAACCCAAUAGUCUAUGGGUUAAAACUCCAAGAAGUGCGCAAACAAAUCUUUAAAUCUUUUGUUCAAAUAAAAAAAUAA